AUGAAGCAGUUCCUUGCAUGGGUGCUUCUUUGUAGCCUGCUACAAGGCAUAGCAUCCAAGCCUUUAGAAGUAGUAGACAACGCAAUAUAUUUGAGCCCCAGAGUACAUAGUUCAUCCAAUAAUGAGUUGAUGUUCGGAACUCACAAUGCGCACAACCUGGUUGGUACACCACCCAAAGUACAAUUACAAGACAAGAAAGCUAUCGUACUCGGAGAUCGUAAACUGUACACAGAAAAUUAUGUUUACAAGGGCGACGUCCAUCACAACGAUGCUGAAGCUAUACAUCUGUCCGAUCCGCCAUCUCCAUCUUCCUUACUUGUGAUGAAAAGUGCGGAGAAUUGGCCCAGACGGCCCCUUGGUAGAUCUCCACGGCGCUUUGCAAAGGUACACGACGACCUAUAUUUUUCUGCAGUCCUGCGUUCUGGAACUUGGCAUUGGAUCUUCUCAGACACAAAUUUGGCCACGGAUAUUGGUGAUUUUACUACCCAAAUCAUGUUUUACAAAGUUCUUAAUGGCGAUUUGAUCCAGAAAGAAGCGCAAGCUAUCAAGGCCAACAUGAUCAAUGAGCUAAAGUCCUUCAUUCCAAACUCAAUGCUUCGAGAUGAUGAUAGACUGGAAGAAGUAAAAGAAUUGAUUGAGAGAUUUGCCAAAAUCAAGGAUGUUACCAAAUGGGAAGAGACAUCGAGUGAAGAUACAGAAAGUGCAAAGUCAUGGGUUUCAAGGAUCAUUAUCUCUAUGCAAAAAGAAUCAAAGAUUGGAUACAACACAGGUUUUAUGACCUUUGAUCUUCAAUUAAUGAAGUGCCUGGGUUAUGUGAACGCCAAUGCUAAAGAUUACUUUUUUGAACAUAUCUUUGAGUCAUUAUCCGAUGAAGAGGUAGAAAAGAUGUGGUGUGCGUUGAUUGAUUCUGAGGCAGAAUUUAAAACAGAAGGUAUCUGGCGUGGCCUACUUCACUCUGACUCUGAAGAAGAAUUUGGAGAAGAAAAACCAGAUUUAUAUCCUGGGCGAUAUAACAAUUUCUUGGAACAACUUCACUUUGCAGCUACUAAUGUUAAAUUCGACCAUUCAUAUCAAGAAUGGACUGAGACCAAUGAGAGACGCGGUCAUCUUCGAGCGUUCCGGGAGGCAAUCGAUAAGAGAGAAAUACCAAAAGCGCUGGAAAGUGACAUCUUGAGACUCAUAGAUGGAUUUUCUCGUCUCAAGAUGUGGACAAGCUGGCCUUCAAUGGACAGAGGUUAUUAUGAAGACAUUCUUCCUGUCAUCAAUAGAAUACGAGAUAUUUUCCGUCAGUCAGUGACAAGAGACAUCAACGAUGGCAAGGUAUCUCAAACGGUUCGAUUAGUAUAUCAAACUCUCAAUCACAUCUAUAGGUUUGACUUGAGAACUACUAUUAACUCAAAAUGGCUCAUCAACGUACUUGAAGAUAGUACUGUGCAACAAUCUUUGUAUAUGCAUGUGCUCUCUAAGGAGGGAUUGAGCCAUCGCGAUGUUACGGGGAUGAAAUUGUUGAAAGACUUUAACUUGAAAGCUCACUUGGAUAAAAGAGAGCAAGAUUCAUUGACCAAAGAAUGGGAGUCCAAGUGCUAUAGCGUGGUGUCCCAAGAUAUCUCAACUUCAAGAAAGAAAGACAUGCCUCAAACUCUAUACGGUGAUAUCAAACUUUCAAUCCCGGCAUCAUUACACUCUGAGAAAAGUUUUGAGGAAGUGUUAGACAGCGUCUCAAAGUUAACAGAGGAGGAUUUGAACGGAGCUAAACCAGAUCGUAGUCUUAGAGGAUACAGUUCGGAGGGAUCAUCAGAGGACCAUCUGAAAGCUUCUGAAGGAAGAGUGUCAAAAGUGGUCCAUUCCGUUCUGGAGAAUCUCAAAGAGCUUUCCAAAAAGGAGUCAAUGAGCAAAAUACUAACCCCGGAAGAAAAGGCUUCAGUAGAAAUCCUCAACAGCCUUGUGUCCCGUAAUUAUUUUGCGUGGCACCUGACACGCUCAGAAAUCGAAGAAGACCCAAUGACAAUCAUGUUCAAAAGUUCCAGCUCUGGAAGCAAAAAUGGAUCGGAAAAAUCCCUUUUGGAAUAUCUCAAGUUACUGAGGAGUAAGGCUAGAAACGCUGAGAGAAGUGAUGAGCACAUGUCCUUCAAACAACAAUUGGAUUUUGUGUCUGGUAUGACAGAAGAGAUUGAGGAGCAUCAAAAAAGGGGAAUUGACACAAUAAGCUUGAAUAUGAUCAUAAAAGCUAAAAAGCGUCAGUCCAGUGACAAAGUGGGUGAUCCAACACCUUUCUUCCUACAGCAAUAUUCAAAUUUCAUGGAGAGACUUCCUCAACUUUGGUUUGAGACUCAAUGGAACCGAUUAGAGGCAGGUGCUUAUCAUGUGAAAAUUGUAGACUUGGCUAGAGAGUCUUUUGCUUUGAUACAAAGUCAAGCAUUUGCGCAUAUGCCUAGAGGUCUUGAUACUGAAUUUGUUGGUGUUUUAAGGUACUUGGCAAGAAAAGAUCCCAGCGGGUUCUUCAAGACAUUUUACGAUGAUGCCCUUUCUGAUACCACCGAUUAUAGUACUUACCAGUUUUUCACCAGAGCUAUUCCUCCCAAAGAGAGGUCCUUCACACGGCACGGUGAUUGGUGCUGGCACUGA